AUUGUGUUUCAUUGAGGUGUAAUCAUGUGCAAGGGGGUUCAAUUUUUUGUAUAUAAUGGACAAAAAUGAUUUUUCGUUGCAAAUACAUAUAUAAGUAGUUGAAUUGCCUUGUUUGAAUUUCUGGCUACGUCGCUGAUCAUAUCGCGAUCGAUUGGAAAUUCUGUUGUUUCAUAUAGUUGGUAUUUAUGUGGAUUGAUAUAAAAAGCCUUCUAUAGUUGAACAACAACAAUGUCUUGCUGUGGAGGUGGAGAAGAAGACGUUUACAGUGGCGGUCCGCCUUCUAACCAGAAUGCACCUCCUCCUAAAGCCGGCAAUCCUUAUGGUGGCGUUAGUGAUAGAGCAGAGCCAAGGGGUGGUACAAGAAGUGGAGAUCCUCAGAAAGUUUUACCAAUCGAGAUACCGGUUAUGACCUUGGACGAGCUAAAUAAACUGACUAGUAACUUUGGUCAGAAAGCUUUGAUCGGAGAGGGAUCAUAUGGACGCGUAUUUUUUGCUAAAUUAAGCAAUGGACAGCAAGCAGCGAUCAAAAAGUUGGAUACUAGUUCUUCACCAGAACCAGAUUCGGACUUUACAGCACAGUUAUCAGUGGUUUCAAGGCUUAAGCAUGAUCAUUUUGUGACUCUUACGGGGUAUUGUCUAGAAGCAAACAAUAGAAUCUUGAUAUAUGAAUAUGCAGCUAUGGGAUCUCUACAUGAUGUAUUACAUGGUAGAAAAGGUGUCCAAGGCGCAGAGCCUGGUCCAGUUCUUACAUGGAAUCAGAGAGUUAAGAUUGCUUAUGGUGCAGCAAAAGGACUCGAAUACUUACAUGAAAAAGUUCAGCCGCCUAUUGUUCAUCGUGAUGUCAGGUCCAGCAACGUACUCCUCUUUGACGAAUUUACAGCAAAGAUUGCUGAUUUCAACUUGUCAAACCAGACAUCCGACACAGCAGCUCGUCUGCAUUCCACUAGAGUUUUGGGAACAUUUGGCUACCAUGCUCCAGAGUAUGCAAUGACAGGACAGAUAACACAGAAAAGCGAUGUCUAUAGUUUUGGAGUCGUUCUUUUGGAACUCCUAACGGGAAGAAAGCCAGUAGAUCAUACGAUGCCUAAAGGACAACAGAGUCUUGUUACAUGGGCAACUCCAAGAUUGAGUGAAGACAAAGUGAAGCAGUGUGUCGAUCCAAAGCUAAAUAACGAUUAUCCAGCAAAAGCAAUUGCUAAGAUGGCAGCAGUUGCAGCACUUUGUGUUCAAUACGAGGCAGAUUUUCGACCAAAUAUGACGAUAGUUGUCAAGGCACUGCAACCACUUCUCAAUGCAAAACCAGCAGGACCUGAGUCUUAAUACAUAAAACAAUAUUAAUAUUUUGGAGUCUCAACCAGGCCACUCGAAUUGUGUUAAAAAGGGUACUUCUAGUAUGGUUCUAAUAGUAGCAGAAGCACAAAGGUUAUGCACUCCGAAUCCAGUCUGCCUCAACAGAUCGAAGACUUGUAAGAAGUUUUGAGAUUUUUGGGUAUAGCUUAAGUCCCAAAUACUAGGUUCUUGGUGAUAUAUCGCUAUAGAAAACAAUGAUUUUACCUUGGGAGUUUUGGACAUUGAAAGCACUAUAUAUGUAUAUGAAUCGAAUCAAGCAUAAUUGAAUGUCAAACAAUGAAGUUACGUUCUUUAAA